AUGAAUAUCGUUCACGCUUCCUUCCAAGCAUCAUUUGAUUCGCGCGUUGAUCACUUAAGCCAUGCUGACCUUGAGGAUUUGCACGCGAUCUUUCGCUACUUCGAUACUGAUGACGAUGGAAAAGUCUCAGCAGGUCAAGCAUGCCGCAUGUUCGCGCUGUUAGGGCUUGACGUAAAUAUCACACACGUUCAUGAGCUGGGCGAGGUCUAUCUCGAUGAGUUUAUAAAAAUUGUAGAUAGUCAUGUGCAAGUGUCACCCUCUGUAGCAAGUCCGAAACACGAGGUGCACGCAGUUGAAAACAGGCAUGUUCAACAGAAUAGAGAUCCAAGUGAAAAUGACCUCGAGAAAGAUUUGCGAUUUGAACAAUCAGUGGAAAGUGAAUGGAAGCUCUUAGACACGCAUCGCCGAGGCUACGUGAGUCAACAGGAGCUGAGUCGCUUUCUCAUCAAUUGUCAGUCAAAUCUUUCGAGUGACGAUAUGGAAAGGUUUCUGGAGAUGUACGGUGACCUCACAUCGAAAAAUAAUAUCGAGGAGGGUCGAUUAACGAAAGCAGGUUUUAUCAAGUUCCAACGCGAAUACAAGAAUAGAAAUAUCCAGAGUCUUUCGUGCGUCAACAAUACUGAUAAUCAAUCGUCCGGCAUAACACAAUCUCCAGACAAAUCUUCACAUUCAACGGCGAGUAAAAGGAACUAG